AAGCCGAUAGGCUGCUGUCAGAGAGUGAUUGGCUGUGAGGACCCGAGCAGCUGCACGAAUGCACUCCAGUCAGGAGAGGUACGGAGGGAGGGAGGAAAGUGAGAGAGUAAGAGAGAGAGUCAGUGAGAGAGAGAGAGAUAGAGAAAGAGAGAGACUCAAAGAAAAGCAGGCUCCAUACAGCAGUGGUUUGCCUGCUCCCCAUGCCCUGUAUCCACGUUCUGUGGACGGAUCUCUUUAAUUGCAUUCCGGAGGAACUUUCUGUACAGCAGCUGCUUCUAAGACUGAAGGGGAACCAGCGGGAACUGUGGGCUUGUGGACAACCCAGUGUGGAGGAAGUGCAAGGAAGAAGGGGGUCUAGAGAAAGGAACAAAAGAGCGAUGGGAAAGGCAAGAGGAGUGAGCUUGUCCCAUUUUUUUCAAGUUCCAACUAGGAAUUAGCUGUUUUUUGCUGUUCAUUCGUUCUGUGAACAGAACAGUGGCUAGCAGCUGCACACUGGCAGGCUAUGCAUGUGUGUGGAUGUCUGUGUGUAAAUAAGGUGCUGAGCUGCUAUAGGCCGGGCAACAAGCCAGCCAGGAGUAGGACCCUGAAGGUACAGAAGCUUUACCUGACUGGAUCGACAAGUCUGACACCAGGCAGCUUUUCUGCAGGCAUCUCUGACUUACAUUAGAAAAGAGUGUGACAGGCAGAAGUGAGGAUGUUUGCAUGUUUCGGCACAAGAAAGAGUGCACGCUGCGAGUGCUGAACUGAACCAGACGACAGAGCCUGGAGAAAGAGAAGACGACUACCUGACAAACAAGGGUGUGCAAUGCUUUGGAGCUUUCGUCCGGCUGUGACUUGAGUCCUGUCCGGCUGAGCACGCUCAAAAACACUUUUGCACGUACCGAGCAGUGUUUACCUUUUUGUAACUUGCACUUUGGAUCAUGUUGGGGAUGUGCCAGGUCUUGCCUGCAAGAAUGCAAUGUGCUCGAAUGGUAUAGGGUACAAGGGAAGAACUGUAGUGCGCACUCUUGGAUGGGAUUUUGGGUAGUACAAUAUAUUUUGCUAUAUUUACAUACACAUAUAAGGUUGACCCUCUUAUCUCAAGCAGUUUAAAACAGCAAGUCAGUGUAACUUCAUAGUCUUUAGCCAAUUAUUCCCAUUGGGUUUCUUGCCAGGACAAGGUUUCUAACCUUGGAUCUAUGUUGAUCCUUUUGAUACCUGUUUUUAUUUUGCACUGUUUCUUUCUGCAUGGCUCAGGGAACCUCCAUUUUGAAGACAAAGAACAACUGGCAUAGACCUCCUCGCUAGCACCGAAGCCUUUUUUCAAACUUCAGUUUGUUUUCUGGGGCAUUCUUUUGUGUGCAGAGCAAGUGGAGCGUAGCUCCGGUGAAUUGAGCUAUUGUUGGAAAGCUGGGUUCUCUCACGCUGCAAAACCCUAACUCAGGCCCCCCUCUUGCACCUCUUGCACCCCCCAAACUAAAGCAAGACCACCCCUUCCCGCCUUCCCCUCCUUUGCUGGUCCCUUCAUCAGUCCUUUCCAAUCCUCCUACGCACCUCUUCUCCUCCUCUCCACAUGCUGGAGAGGCCUGAGUGUGUGGAAGAGUGUGUAUGUGUGUGCAUGCCUCUUCUGCACACAUGAGGCUGGAAACCCAAAGCCUGGAUUACAAAUCUAGACAUAUCGCUUAUCAGGACACAUCUCCAAGCAACAAAUCCAAGCAACUGUGCAGAAGUGCAUUGUUCUUUUCAAAUACUAAGGCAGCCUAGCAUCUGCCGGUGGACUGAUUGCGAGCAGUGUUUUGUGUGUGUGUGUGUGUGUGUGUGUGUGUGUUUGAGUGUGUGUGUUGUGUGUAGGCUGCCUGUUUGAAUAUCCCUGCAUGCGGGAUCAUCAGAGGGCCAGAAGGAAAGAAAAGCCUGGAAAGAUAAAGCAGGGCUUGUGCAGGGUCUUGCCAUGCAGGGAGUGUAGGUCUGCAGCAUUAGGCAGUCGGUGGGGCGGUGGGUGACCGCUCUGUCCCGGCUUAGCCAUGAAGAAAACGCGCAGCACCACCUUGCGCCGGGCCUGGCCAAGCUCAGACUUCUCAGACCGGGCCUCGGAACGCACCCGCUCUCGCAGCGAGAAGGACUACCGGCUCCAUAAGCACUACCCCAAGCACUUCAUCUCCCACUCUGUCUCCCACUCUCCCAGGAUAUACAUGCCAGCAGGUGAUGUGUCGCCUAUCAGCAUGUCUCCUAUCAGUCAGUCCCAGUUCAUUCCACUGGGAGAGAUCCUGUGCCUGGCCAUCUCGGCCAUGAACUCUGCCCGCAAGACGGUCACACAGGAGACACUCAUCGAGCACCUGGCAACAUGCUUCCCAGGUGUGCCCACUCCAAGCCUGGAGAUCUUGCGCCAUACCCUCAACAUGCUCGUCCGGGAACGUAAGAUCUACCCGACUCCAGAGGGUUAUUUCAUCGUCACCCCGCAGACCUACUUCAUCACACCUUCCCUUAUUCGAACCAACAGCAAGUGGUACCACCUGGAUGAGAGGAUCCCGGCGGCCAUGCAACAGCCGUGCUCUUCUCCUCCCUCAGGCACUGUUACACCCUCUGCUUCAGGCUGCGUCAGGGAGCGGCAGCACCACAAGAACCACGCCGAGCCUUACAGCGACAGUUACCGGGAAGACCUGCCCAGCACACACACCUCCACGCUACAGAGGAGGUCCAAGGAACACAAGGAGGCACCAUACCCAGUGUCUCCACCUCCUCAGCAAUCCUCUGAGAAGAGCAAAAGCGCAUUGAGCUUUGCCUUCAAAACGGAUGGCAGCAGCAAGCAAAGGGAUGGAGGCAGCAGUACCGCAGGCAGUGAGAAGCAGUCUAAGAAGUUCGGCCUGAAACUCUUUAGGUUAAGCUUCAAAAAGGACAAAACAAAACACCUGGCCACGUUUUCAGCCCAGUUUCCACCUGAGGAGUGGCCUCUGCGGGACGAGGAGACACCCAGUGCCGUUCCUCGGGACGUGGAGAUGGAGAUAAUCCGGCGCAUAAACCCGGAUCUAACGGUGGAGAACCUGGCACGGCAUACAGCUGUAAUGAAGCGCCUGGAAGAAGAGAAGGCCCAAAGGAACAAAGCUAACGCAUCGGCGCAACAGAAUGCACGUGGAAAGCGUGGUCGGGGCCACCGCAAGGUUCAGCAAAGCAAGCAGUCACGCAGUCACAGCAAGACGCGUGCAUCCAGAGGGGACCCUUCUGAGGGUUCCAACCUGGAUAUAUCCUACGACCGGGACUACAAGUUCUAUAGCUCUUCGCUGGUGCGGUCGCCAAGGGAGACUAUGAUGUCCAUGGAGCGAAACAGGGGAAAGUACAUGGUACAUAGCAACCCGAACAUUGUGGAGUCGCAUUUCACUACAGCGCCUGAAUGGGACGUGUCAGGUGAGCUGGCCAAGAGGAGGACAGAGAUGCCUUUUCCAGAACCGUCCCGGGCACAGUCGCAUUCAAAGGUCCACCGCAGCCAUAGCCACACCCAAGAAAGGAAGUCUCGAAACGAGAGGUCAGACAAGGCCAAAGAGAGGUCGCGCUCAAUGGACAACUCCAAAGGUCCCCUGGGGGGUCCCUACCUGGGCACCCCUGAGGACUUUGAGUGCAGUCCUGACGACAGGAGUCGGUACUACACUGACGACGGAACUUUGAGGGCGUCCACGCAAAAGAGCCACUACUCCCGCACUAUGCUCUCUGCUGCUAGGUUAAAUACUGACGUUUGCGUGCCUGAUAUUGGGAGGGGGACCCCCGAGGAUGCCAUGCACUGUAGGCCCCUGGAAAAGAGCAAAAGUAAAGACAGCUUGCCGGCCUACAAUGACCUUAAGUCCUGCUCUCCCAAAACGCUUGUGGAUGACUAUUACCAACGCAGUGCAUCGGGUGAGGCCUCUUUCUCGGCUCCCUCCCCUCUUACGAAAUCCAGCCACGAUUUUGCAGACAGCAUCUGGAAGGGAAUUCCUUCAGAUCGACCCGCUCCGCUUCUGACCUCACCCCAUCUUGGGGAAUACAAGGACGAUUCCUCGAUGGGACAAAAUAGUAUAACUUUAUCGGUGCCUAACCAGACACCCGAGCCUUUGCCCAAUGGACGCUUGAUGCACCAACACAACCCAGACUCAGGUGACUUGGACAAAAUUGGGGAGGUUUACAGCCAGGAGUCUUUGUUCAAACCUUUAGACUAUGUGGAGAGCAGCUUCUCCAGGCCUGGUACGAUGCGCAAGUCUCCGCACACCAAGUCAGCAGAGGUACUGGAGACCCAGGAACACUUUGAUGAACCUCUCCCGCUGUCCUCCUUGCCACCGACCUCGGGGCAGGAGCAGGCCUCGUGUGCCGAAACCACCUUCGACUACUACAACGUGUCAGACGAUGAUUCUGAGAGUGCCGGUCAUAAGAACAAAGUAGAAGAAAAGGGUCGGGAAGGUGGUGGGACGAUGCAGUGGCUUCUCGAGCGCGAGAAGGAGCGAGAUCUCCAGCGCAAGUUUGAAAAGAACCUCACGUUCCUCAGCCCCAAAGAGGGCGAGAGCAACAAUAGCCAGAAGUCGGCCCACUCCACACGCCUCGACAGCAUGGACUCCAGCAGUGUGACUGUGGACAGUGGAUUUAAUUCCCCACGCACUCGAGAGAGCCUCGCCUCCAACACUUCGAGCAACGUAGAGAACAGCCGGCGGCAGAACAUGGCUCUGAGUCCCGGUCACAUCGGCACCAAGAGGCCGCCGCCGCCCUACCAUGCACCCACCUUCCGCUCCAUCCCCGAGCCACCUGCCGCCCGCCCCGAGAAACAAGCCUCCAUCACCAGCGUGUAGCAGGGGAUGAUCAGAGGAACAGGGGAGAGGAGAAGGCCUUCUCGUUAAUGAUAGUUAAAGCUAAAAAUCAAAUUUACUCAGAUUUUCUCCUUACUAUAAAAGUCUGUUAGCCGCAAUGAGUUUUCUACAAGAUCUUACAUCUCACAGGUCAUUUCUUUGUUUUUGUGCUGGGCAUAUGAGAAAAAUGUAUCUGCUGAGAGAUUAUCACCACCAGUUAACAUUGUACAAACACUUCUCAAGUCUCAAAUUCCACACAAACUACCUUAAAGCCUGUGCUGUUGCUACGCUUUCCUCCAAACAUGCUAUGAUCCUACUCUGCAAUGCUGCUGACUUCACACUCCUGGUGUGUUGGGGCAUUACUAGUGAUAGGGGGAGUCCUAAUGCGUGGGUUGGAUAAUUGGCCUUGCAUAUUGGGAAGAAAAUGAUUUACUAAAAGAUCUUUGUUUUUAGUUUAAAGUAAAAAGUAGCUUUGGAAAUUGUACAACUUUUUCAGUUUUGGAACAGUUGUGAUUGUGAUUGACAAAAACUUAAUCCUAUGUAGGACUUUGUUUUCAAAGCAACAUGGAUUUAAGUCCUAUUCAGACGAGUUUUGUUUCUCAAGGGAUCCUGGGUAAUUUUCUCUUUCUUGGAGGGUCUUCUGUGAUUUUAUUCCCGUUCGGAACGACCAUGUCUGUGUUUUUCUCAGAUGUCCUCUAAGAAAAUUUACAGGCUGAAUUGCCUACUGUUUUUCACUGAACUAAACUGAAUGAAUUAAAUAGCUAUUUGUUCACUGCCACACACCGUAAUUACACUUUGGGCACACGAUUCCACAGAGAUCCACGUAAACAAAACAACCAGUGGAAACGGAGGAGCUACUGAACACAAUGUCAUGUGACUGAGAAAGCCAAAAAACUCACUGGUGCUCCUGUUUUUUUCACUGAUGCCUCUGAGAAAUUAAUCUAAUCCAGAUUGGUUCAAAAGCUGUUACUGUCAUUGAAAAAAAAUCUACUUUACAGAAGAGAUUUAUUUAUUUUUUUAAGUAGUUUUGGACAGUUUCUAUGGGCACUUUCAACACAAAUUAAAAGUAAAGGCACACUGUAUAGAAGUAAAUCCAGAUUCACGUUAUGUUGCAAAUAAAAUGAUUUACUCAUAUCUAAUUUGGUGUGUAAAUGGGAGAUAAGCCUAAAUUAAAACGCACUGCUAAAUAGCUUUAGUCAAACCAAAUUACAGUACUCUCCUACUCAGCAAAUACAAAUUCUUUGAUGCAGCAUAAAAAGCAGAAAAAAAGCUCAGCACACUUUAGUUCACAUACUAGUUUUCAAACCACAGUAGCAGGUCCGUUUCCUUUGCUUGGAAACUUGAGGGAAUUAUUUGCGAGUGUGAUUUGUGUUCAGUGGAAUGAGAAGUUGCACAGUGCUGCUAACUGGUGGUGAUCAUUAUUGGUUUCUGUUAAUUUUUCGCUAUCUUAGCCUCGUAGCUCUAGUACAAAACUAAUGAAACACACUGCACAUACCAUACACGUCUUGGAUGUCUGACUAUUCGUAAUAAGGAGAAAAAUGUGUUUAUUUGAAUUCUGGCCAAACUACUGCUUUAUUGCUGCAGAGCUAAGGCUGCUGCAGUGCUUAUAGACAGGACGCUUGAUCGAAAGUGCAAAGACGGACUCCAAUCAGAAACGUCUCAGAAACGCUGUUUGUCAUCAGUUACUGUAGGUACCUUCUACUUUUUUGGUAUUCGUAGGAAACACAACUACACGCAAACACUGACGUUUAUCACUUCAUAGUGGCUGGACAUCAUCCAUGAUCUGAAACUGCUGUCAUGAUCCGCAAUGGCAUCAUCAAUCUUACGGACACCGCUCUAGCCUAAUGUAUCCACUAUGGGCCUCCUUAACCAUGCUGAUUCUGCCUCCAACAACUCAUUCAUUCUCUGCUGUGUUCAGUGUUGGUUCUCUACUCUCAGGUCAAUCCGAGUCACACAGCAUUGUAUUGCUCACUCUUCUGCUCAUGGAGAUGGAUCCGAUAUGGAGAUUUUUUAACAGCUUUCUCACGUUGAAGCCUCCCUUUUUCAUGGGUUCCUCCUAGCGUCCCAUGUGAUAUGAAUGAUUGGUACACAUUUGCUCUGAAUUGAUAAGGAUGAGAAUGUGUUUUAGCACAGUUUAUUAUCUGGACGUCUACUAAAACCUACUUAUUCAGUGGGUUUCUAGUACUGGACAAAGUCACAUCCCUACAAAUGAAGUAAAUGCAGUGGUAUUUUUUGUCCAUAUGUUUCAUUCUUACUCCACGUACCACAUAGGAACAGUUGACGUACAUCAAGCUAGCUAAAUGUGCUAAAACGAUCACAAUCCAUGCUAACGCUAACAGAAAUGUAAAGGCAGCGUCACCAUUUUGAUACAACAGGUGCUAUAUUCCUCUCUCUACUAAAAAAAAGGACUGCAUUUUUCUCACAAAAAAAGCAAGAAAUGAAAAAAAAGGAUGUUCCUUUUCCCGAUUUUAUAUUUUAACCAGGUGCUCUUGAAUUACUGGACAUGACGACAGAAGAUACACGCUACUACCUCCACCGUUUGUACAGUAGUUAAAGGUGACGCGAGUGGUGUUUUUCCUUUUUCCAAGUCAGUCGAACACACUGUUAACAGCUUGUGAACUGUGAAUGUGCUGUGGACGCUUUCUUCGCCGAGACAGGAUGUGAUGGUGCUGUCCUAACCCUUCCUAUUUAACCCUCCUGUUAUGUUCUACUGUACAAUAAACAGCAUAACAUUUCCUGGUCAAACUGACCCAUGUUGAACCAUAAGUAGUUAAAAAUAAACGUUCUUUAUUUUCCAUUUCCAUUUAUUUAUACAAUUUCCAUUCACACAUUCAUUACACUGAUUAAGCCUAGCAGAAAAAAAAUCUUAAUAAUAAUACACUGCCUGGCUAAAAAAAAGUAAGUAAAAAAAUAAGUAAGUAAAUGAUGUGGGGUUGAUGCUGCAGUUGGUCUGCAGGUUUAGGUUCAGCAACAGUAUGUGCUGAAAGAAUGAGGUCAGCUGACUACCUGAAUAUACUGAAUAUAGACCAGGUUAUUCCAUCAAUGGAUUUUUUUCUUCCCUGAUGACACAGACAUAUUCCAAGAUGACAAUGCCAGGAUUGAUGGGGCUGGAAUUGUGAAAGAGUGAUUCAGGGAGCAUGAGAUCAUCAUUUUCACACAUGGAUUGUUCACCAGAGAGUCCAGAUCAUUGAGUAUCUUUGGGAUGUGAUGGAGAAGGCUUUGUGCAGUGGUCAGACUCUACCAUCAUCGGUGCUGCAAGAUCUUGGUGAAAAAUGAAUGCAACACUGGAUUAAAUAAAUCUUGUGACAUUGGGGAAGCUUAUUGAAACAAAGUGUGACUUUUAUUUUUUGGCCAGGCAGUGUAGUUUUUGAAAGAAAAAUCCUGUAUUUUUAAACCUUGAAAUGGAUCAGUUUGACCCACAAUAUAACAGGAGGGUUAAAGUAAAAAAAAAAAAACACACACAUAACAUUUUAUAUUCCCUUUGUUCUCACAGUGAUCCAUGCCAGUGAACUUAAAGGGGCACUCUGAUCUAAAUCAACAAUAUAACCACCUCUACAUCUGCUGUGAUCAUGCCUGCUCUCCUCUACAGUAACUGCAGCACUGCAGUAGUGUCUAAAAAGACUCUAGAGGGAGAUGUUCAGGUUUAAAGGCUAGGAAAACCCCCUUGUGAUGAAGGUGGGAGGAGCUUUUAAAAAUAUACCAGUAUGUUGGGGUGGAUAAUUAAGGUAAGGACGUCGAAUAUGACUGUUUAUAAUCUAUAAUCUUCAUCAGUGGCCUACUUUGACCCUGUUUUGACCUGUGGUGGGGAUAUGAGUGUGGGGCUCCUGCUUUGAUUGUGAGGUGCUUGUCUGUUGGCGUGGACAGUUCUAGCCAGAUGCAGCGGUAACGAUUAUUACCACCCACUGUACUGAAUGACCACUGUGGGUGGUAAUAUUAGCCUUCUGUGAUUUAUUCCUAGUGCACACGUGACACUGUGCAUCGAGGAAUGAUGAAUGCCUACCUACCUAUUAGAAAACAUUAUAAGAACAUUUAGCAAUGUUUUAAAAAAAAGGUUCCAGAAGGGUUAUCUUUUAACAUUAUAGAAAUAAUGUUUUAGGAACGUUCUGUGAUGCUUUGCAUCACAAUAUUAUUGGAAAGUUUCCUAUUAAGAAUUUCCAGCUAGUCUAAUAUAAACAUUAUAGAAAUGUGCAUAAUAACAGUUAGUAAUAUUUCUAAAACCAAAAAAGAAAAUACAGACACAAGUGAUAUUGAAGCAAUGUUACUAGAAUGUUUAAAACUGUUAAAUAAGGACUUUCUAAGAAAGUAGAAAAUUGUAAUGUUAAGCAAAUGUUACACCAACUAAAAACUUUUAGCUGGGCACACAACUAAGGAAAUCUGGCACCCCCUACUGGUUACGAUAACAAGACAACACCUCACAAACUAUACAGGUGUAGGCGUUCCCAAGCCAUCCCCUCAGGAGGAAACACUUAGUGAUCAGUUUACAUAUUGCUGUUUUGAGACAUGUCAGGCCAGAAUGCCCCUUUAAGACACUACGUAUAGUGGCUAUGGACUCUAUGAACUCUUGAAUUUAGCCAUGAUUUUAUUUGACUGUUAUUUUUUGGGUUUGAUCAAUUAUUAAAUCAUACGAAUCCCUGGAGCACACACAUCAACCAGCAUCUGCAACCCUUCCCAGACCUAAACCACCCAAGAACUACUAUGGGCUGACUGUUUGUACAAUGUUUUCUUUUUCAUUUGAUCCUGUCCCAGCACAUUCGCCACACAUUGCAGAGGGAGCCGAAUCCCACAAUGCAUCCUGCUUCCUAACGCGCCAUCAUCAGGAGGACCGAAAGAAACGACUUUUCUGGAGACAAACUAGAGAACUGCAGCCUGGGCUGCCUUGCUUUCAAAAUGUUUGCACUAAAUGCCUGAUCUGUAACGGCUGUAAUCGAACAACGAGACGAACGAACAAGCGUACGAAUCAUCCCAGACGGAUGUUGUGUUUAUAUUGAACAUAUUUCAUAUGAAAUGCGUAUAGUCCAUGAAAUGUCUUCCCUUAUCAUGAUGGGUUUCUUAGAGUUCUCAAAGACAUCGUUCCUCAUUGUGACAUUACGUCAAUCUGUAAGAGAUGUUUAUCUGUCAUACUGAGUAUAAUAACUUUAAAAAGGGGGAUUUUUUUGUAAAGUCUGUAAUAUUUAAAAGUCCCUACUCGUGUAGUCGUGGUGUUAAAUGUUUAGUGUAUAUGAUUUCCCCGUCCCCUUGGGGAUUGUGUAACUUUUUAAGACAAUAAAAUAACAUGACACGUUUGAGUAUA